UCGUGGUCAUUUCAGUGGUACAGCCGCCUAGUUCUGUCACCGAUGUGGUUUGCAGCCUGUCUUCCGUGUUCCUCGAAGUGUACUUCUGCUUCCGUUCUGCUAUACUCACAAGGAAUGGCGUCUUCCUCCACCUGCAGGGCCACAUUGCCUGGCACCUGCACUCCGGGCAUGCGCCCUAGGGACCAAUGACAGCUCGAGAACGUCGGGCCUGCGCUCUGCGCCAGUGGUUCUUCGUGCGCAGCCGCCGCAAGGGCCACUGCGUGCAGUGGAACGCCGACCAAGUCUGCCUGGGUCUGUCGCGUCUGCACUUCGACAGCCUCUCUCUCUGCCAAGCGUACUGCGAGAAAGACACGCCCAGUGGUCGCUGCACGCAGCCCAUAGACACCGGCAUGCUGCACUGCACCAACGAGGAGUACCAGGACGGGCGCAAGAAGCAGUGGUGGUACUACGACAGCCAGGACAGGGCGUGCCACCAGUGGGGGCAGGUGUGCCUGGUGAACACUUACCCCAGCCUCCGGGCGUGCGCUGGCGCUUGCCUCAGGCAGCACUGAUGAUCCGCAUCGAAGUCGCGCGGGCCUGCGCCGAGCACCUGCAGCUCCAUUCGGCUCGACUUUGUUGUUGCCGCUCCAACUGGAGUCGCCUUCGUACCGAAUCGAUUCGGAACUAUGUGCCAGUGAAUUUGACGACAGUGGUGCACUUUUAAAAUAUUUCCUGGCCUGUGAAGGUUGUCGGUGAUAUUCAAGAGAGGCGGACGUCACCAAACCUAAUUGAAUGUUGACUCAGUGUA